AUGGCGGCUGCGCUCUCUACAGCCCCUCACGCAUUGCAAAAACGACGUUCGCCCUCGAUAUCACACUCGAAACACAUUCAAUGCCAACAUCUUUCAUUAGCUCGAACGGCGACGGCUGCCUAUAGCAGAAGGACAGAUCGACGGCCAGAAACUCAACAUUUCGGAACAUCUAAUUGGUCGUUUGAAGAAAGAAUGCAAGAGGCUCUUAAUGUGUUGGAGCUCAUGGAAGCCCAAGGCAUGGAACCAGAGGCCAGCUUGUUUUGCAUUCUUCUCAAGAGCUGUGCGGACGCUGAGAAUUUCGAAUUUGGGAAAACAAUUCACAACAAAAUUGUUGGUACCCAACUGGAAAAUGACGUUUUCGUGGUGAAUAAUCUGAUUAAUUUGUAUUCGAAAUGCAGGAGUCUGAAAACCGCACGCAGGUUGUUCGACAAAAUGCCUAUUAGAAAUGCGGUCUCUUGGACUAGCAUAAUUUCCAUGUAUAGUCAGUCGGGCUUUCCUGAAGAAGCUCUAAAGAUGUACAGUUUGAUGAUAUCGGAUGGAAAUAUCAAGCCCAAUGCGUUCACUUAUACCGUAGCAUUAAGUUCUUGUGCAAAGACGGGGAAUUUAGGGAUGGGUAUCGGGAUUCAUGAGGAUAUCAUGAGGGGCGGAUGCGAGAGUGAUGAAUUUAUAGUGACAGCGUUGAUCGACAUGUACAGCAAAUGUGGUAGAAUCAAAUAUGCACGCCGGGUGUUUGAUAAAAUAGCUGAACCAACAGUUGCUGCUUGCACCGCUAUGAUAGAAGGUUACAACAUGAACAAUCAUGCCAAGGAUGCUAUGGGUCUUACUCGGAAGAUCUUGAAUUCGGGCUUUGAUUUGAGUGUUGUUCAGGAGUUGGGUUUAACUAGUAUUAUACGUGCUUGUGUUUUGGAAAUGGCUCUUAGACAAGGACAGGAAGUCCAUGCCCACAUGAUUAAAUUUGGGCACAAACCAGGCACCCAAAUUAUAAGCGACCUUGUGGUGAUGUAUGAAAAAUGUGAUAAGAUGGUAUUUGCUCGUCCCCUCUUCAAUGAGUUGCAGGUGAAGAGUCUGGAAUUGUGGGGGAGAAUGAUUUCAGGAUACGUCCGCAAUGGGUUGAAUCAGGAAGCUUUGGAGCUCUAUGUAGACAUGGUGACUGAAGAUGUAGAGUUGAAUCCAUUUUUUCUGUCGUGGGCACUUAAGGCUAGUGUAGGCACAAUGGGUUUGAAGGAAGGUAAGGGUAUACAUGGUCGAGUGAUCAAAGCUGGCUGUGGUCUGUCUGAAGAUUCAGUCAUGGCAAGCCUCGUAAAGCUGUACAGUGAUUGUGGAUGUGUGGAUGAAGUUGAAAAGAUGGUAAGAUGCCAUAGAGAUCAAAUAUAA